CAAUCACAGCUGAAGUACCUAUCAAAGGAAGAGAUCGUUCUUAUACCAGCAGAAAUCCAUCCUGAGAGGAUACCAAGUAGGCCUAUCUAUCAAUUGAUGGUACUGUCACCAAGAGAAGUGUCAAUUUGUGGUGACAAUUUCAAAGUUUGCAUUUUGACAGAUCAUUAUGUUUUGAUUUCCUGAUAUUAGUUGUCUAUUCAGCACUUGUUAUUUCAUUGAAUAUCCAGAGGCAAGAAAUAACUUAUUCUCCAGCCCGUGUGAAUGAUAGAUACACUAAGUUAUCUACCUGAGUUUCUGUGUGACCUUGAGAAGCCAGCCCACUUCCUAUCUGGUAUAAUUUUUUCAUACGUUUGAAUUUAUUGCAGAAUCAUUAUAUUUUACUUAAAUACCUUCAAUUGAAUUUAUUGUUGUAAAGCUAUUGUACCAAAGAAUUUCAUUAUUUACAUCUGCUGCUUUUCAUGGUCUCUGUAUUUUGCGUAGUUUGACUGAUAUUAUUUGAAUGCAAUUCAAUAACUGUUUUUUAAUACGUAUUUGUGAUACUGCUGCAUAGUGGGUGUGAACUGAAAUUUUGAACAGCCAGCAGCUCUAUUGUGUAGGGGCUUAAAAUCUAUUGUCAUAGGACAACCUAUAGAUUAAUUCCACAAGGUACAAGGGUGAUUUACUGUCUGUUUAGCUCACUGAUCCUGUGGCAUAGGUACUAGCUUGAAUCAUUGGUCAGUCAAUGAAUGCAUAUUCAACAAGCAUUUUUACUGAAUGAAUUGCCUACUUGAGAGAAUUAUUUGCACAGAAAACCAUCUUUAGAGAAGGUAGCAUAACUACAGUGUCCAUUUGGUAUACUAGUACAAAUACACCACCAUCUUUAGCCUGGAAAAUCAUUAUAUUUGGAUUAUCAAUUUUGAAUUGUGAUUUCAUCAACUUCAUGAUUGUGUUAACUGAGUGCCACCAUUGGACACAGUGUUGUACAAAUUGUGUUAUCCUAUAUUGUUACUAGUGUAAGGAUUGUCAAGCUGGUGUUUAUUAUUCAUCUUGCUCGCUAUCAUCAACAGUAGAUCAAUACUGUCAUAGUUUUCAGAAUAUCUGCAAUUAAUUGAUAUCUGUAUCUGUACUUGUUUAUAAACUUUAUAUUCCUAAGAAGGAUCUGGAAUAUUGGAACAUCAAGGAUUACAAGAUUAGAAUUUUAUCAAGGAAAGUAAUUCCAUAUAAUUCCCAAUGACUGCACUGCAUAGCUGUGUUAAGGAAUCAUACCUUUCCCAGUCCAUCCUUACAAAUUCAUGGUUGAACAAAGCAAGUCUUUAAGUUUAUUAAUUAGCUUAAUUAAAAUAAUUAGGUUGAUUGCCUAACCCAUGAGAGUGCUUAAAGCUAAUAAUCUAUAUGAUACACUGAUAAAGGAACUUGCAAGAAUCUUAUAGUUGAUUUUGCCUGAAAGUUCAUUAUAUGGGAUUCACCCACGAAGUUGAAGGUGCAAUAAUUGAUUACUUUUGCAACAGUAUAAUUGAGCAAUUUCACUUAGUCACCUGUUUUUAAGCCUCGGGAAGUACGAUAUCGUUUCUUUUUUCAGCGUAAGGAUCGAGUGUUAGCAAUUACCAUACAUACGUUACAUGUAGGUAAAGGUGGCUGUUGUCUGACCACAUACUUUACGUCAUGUUUGUGUAUUUAUCUCUUAAUACACAUUGUGGUAUCGUUGAAGAAGAUUGACUUAAUAUCCUGUUGAGGGAAAUCGUCAACUGAUUGAUUUACGGAAAUAUCACUAAUCUAAAGAAUGCCACAUAUAUUUUUUUGUUGGAAGAGAUUGUAAACAACCAUCUUCGACAAAAUCUUUACAUUUCAAAUUGAUCUCGAAGGAUUGUACUUUUGAUAAAUUAUCUAGUGACAAUAUUUUUGAAGGAUUGCGAAAAAAUACCACAUUUAAAAAAAUGUCGAAAAUUGCAGAGCUGAUGGAGAAGGAAUGUCCUUUGAUGAAACCUUUAUUUGUGCCAUGCAUGAGUGCACUUGUAAUGACCUUAGGGAGUCAGGUCAGUGAUGUUGUGAAGGUCGUGCAUGUAGAUUCACACAAGACACUUAAAGAUGUACUGGAAGAAUUUAAUGGAGAUGGGGCCUUGUCAAAAUACAAUCCAGAACAGCCAAUUGAUUACCAAGGAUUCAAGUUGUUUAUGGAAACAUACCUCGAUGUUGACAUGCCUGAGGACUUGUGCCGACAUCUAUUCUUAUCCUUUGUCAAGAAAGCGCCCUCAACGGUGGCUGCUCCGUCAGAAAAUAAGGGUAAGGAGAUGGAUGCCAUGGGUCGUGUCAUUGCCAUGACCGCCCAGACGAUCUGUGCCCCUAUCACAGCUGCAAGUGGAACCCCUAUAUCAGAAGGAUCAGCUAUUGGGGACCCAGCAGUAUCGCAUUCAAGAAGCUCCUCAAAGAAGUCCAAUGCAUCGAAUGGUACCACAUCAGUGCACCAUGAACACACCUUGCAAGGGGGCGAUGGUAAAGCAGGUGACGCUGAAAAGAAGGGUAAAGCUAAAAAAAGUUUUUUCCACUCGGUACGAGCCAAGAGACACAAAAAGAAAACAGAAGCUUUAGAGGAGCAGAUAGCGCCACGCCCUCAUCGCAACCAACCAGGUGAACCAAUGCCAGAUGUGGAGAACGAAGUAGUUUUUAUGAAGGAUAUAGUCUGCUACCUGUCACUUCUUGAACGUGGUAAACCAGAAGAUAAAUUGGAAUUUAUGUUCCGCCUGUAUGACACUGAUGGUAAUGGAAUUCUUGAUAGCACUGAGCUUGAUUGUAUUGUGAACCAAAUGAUGCAUGUUGCUGAAUACUUAGGAUGGGAUGUGACUGAACUCAGACCGAUUUUACAAGAUAUGAUGAUUGAGAUUGAUUUUGAUUCUGAUGGGUAUGUGUCUUUAGAGGAGUGGAUUCGUGGUGGUACUUCUACUAUACCUUUGUUGGUCCUACUUGGCCUUGAUACAAAUGUUAAAGAUGAUGGUAAUCAUAUUUGGAAGUUGAAGCAUUUUAGCAAGCCAGCUUUCUGCAAUUUAUGCCUAAAUUUGUUGGUUGGUUUGGGCAAACAAGGCCUGAGCUGUACUUUUUGUAAAUAUACAGUACAUGAAAGGUGUGUACAGAAUGCACCAGCUACUUGCAUCAGUACCUACAUGAAAUCAAAGAAGGCGGGAGGAGCUCAAUCAUCAAACAGCCUCUGUGGUCAGGAAACAUCGGUUAUGACUCAUCAUUGGGUUGAGGGAAAUUGCCCCGGAAAAUGUAGUCGCUGUAAGAAGUCGAUCAAGAGUUACAAUGGAAUCACUGGAAUGCAGUGCCGAUGGUGCAAGAUUAGACUGCACAAUAAGUGUGCCUCACACGUGAAGCCAGAGUGCAAUAUGGGUGACUUUCGAGAUCACAUUCUACCACCGACGACAAUCUGCCCAGCAGUACUAGGACGUGUUAAUUCCCUGAAAAAGAGUGGAGGAUUGAAUAAGCAGACUAGUUGUAUAGAGGAACGUAAAAUGGCCACAAACAAGGACAGUUCUGCAUCUGAAGAUAGCGAAACCUCUCGUCGUACGGUAUCAAGAACGGAUUCAAUGUCGGUAGAUGGACAGGGCUUACAGAUUACACCCCCACCAGGCACCCACCCACUCCUAGUCUUCGUAAAUCCGAAAAGCGGAGGUCGUCAGGGAGAGAAAAUAGAACGCAAGUUUCAGUACCUGCUUAACCCCAGACAAGUGUAUGACCUCUCUAAAGGAGGUCCUAUGCCAGGGCUGAAGUUUUUCUGGGAGGUAAAUAAUGCUCGAAUCCUGUGUUGUGGUGGAGAUGGUACAGUAGGCUGGGUUCUUGACUGUAUGGAUAAGUUGAACUUGCCAAAUCGACCUCCCGUGGCAGUGUUGCCCCUAGGAACUGGUAAUGAUUUAGCACGGUGCUUAAACUGGGGCGGAGGCUAUGUUGGUGCUAGUCUAGGAAAAAUAAUGAAAGACUUAGAAAUAUCGAGAAUGGUGUACUUGGACCGAUGGCAUAUUGAAUUCAGUACCACCAACACAGAGGAACAGGGGGACCCUGUUCCAUACAAUAUCAUCAACAACUACUUCUCUAUUGGUGUGGAUGCCGCCAUUGCAAACAGAUUUCAUCAAAUGCGCGAACGACACCCAGAGAAAUUUAAUAGUCGCAUGAAGAACAAACUUUGGUAUUUUGAGUUUGGCACCUCAGAAACCUUUUCAUCGACUUGCAAAAACCUACAUGAGGACAUCGACAUUAUGUGCGAUGGUGUAUCGCUGGACCUCGCCAAUGGACCGUCACUCGAGGGAAUUGCGAUCUUGAAUAUCCCGAGCAUUUAUGGAGGAUCGAACCUAUGGGGCGAGAACCCAAGCACAAAGAAGCGUGCCAGGAUUGCAAAGAAAGCGCAGAAACAGAAAGAGUCGGGCCACGCCAACGUCGGAGCUACACAGUCAAAUGUAGAUUUGCUUUCAGCAGAACAAUCAAUUGGAGACAAGAAGAUCGAGGUUGUUGGGUUGGAUAGUUCACUUCACGUAGGUCAAGUCAAAGCGGGGAUCCGUUCAUCUGGGCGCCGUCUUGCUCAGUGUUCCACCGUCACUAUACGCACAAGGAAACGGUUACCUAUGCAAAUUGAUGGCGAGCCAUGGCUUCAACCACCCUGUACGAUUGCUAUUACCCACAAAAACAGCUCACCAAUGCUGGUUGGACCACCUCCCAAAAAGGGCUUCCAGGGUUUACGUAAGAUCCUCUCGCUCGGCCGUUCCAACACCGAUAUCGCUGAAGAUGCCAUGCUUUGAGUAAAAGAAACAACUGAAGAUAAAAGCAUCAGAACAUGAGAUGCUAAUUUUCAAUUGACCAAAUUCUGUACUAGAUGAAAAGAAAAAUUGAUAUAUAAAAAAUUAGGUAUAUGUACUUUUAUCCCUAGAGUGUGAUUGGGGGCAUAUUACUGUCGCUGUAGCAGUCCUUCUGAUAUUGUAUGUUAUAUGGUAUAGUUAGGAUCUUGUUAUUCAAAAUAAAAUAUUUCUCAAAAUUUAAACAUUUAAAUAAAAUACCUUUAUCUAGAUAUAUUUGCAUGUAUUCAAGAUUUCCAGGCGAUUUUACAUUUUUUCUCUAUAAUUUUUUUUUAAAUAUUAAUAUAUAAAGUGUAACCAUAGAAUUUUCAACAUUUUAUUUCAGUUAACCAUACCCAGGAAAAAUUACUAUAGACUUUUUAAAGUCUCAUGUACAUGUAUGCAGAACCUAUAAAUAUGUAUUAUAUGCAUGAGUUUCUAUACUCAUAUAUUUGCCCUACAUUGUCAAAUUUAAAGUCUUAAAGUUAGAAUUUUAUUUGGGCUAUGUUACAAAGUUAGGUGGAAUUGAAUGGCGAUCACUAUGUCUGAGAUGGAAAGCUGUGUUACCGCAUUAUUGUGGUUACGGUUGGUUCUCGCUUUUUAUACAAAUGGCAAUGCCAGGGAUAAUCCCGCAAUAUUGUGGUAACAUAGUUCUGUCUGAAAGUGGCUUUAGCGAAAGUUGAUUGGAGACUGUUACCGAAAAAUUGGUAAAUACAAAUCAUUUGUAAAAGCCAUCGAAUGUGUGCAAUAUAUGUCAUAAGAAAGAUUAAACCAUAUUUAUUUGUAAAAUGUUUUUUCGUCCAAGUUGCUGAAAAAUUUUUACAUAUUGACAAGAUAUAACGUGGACUGAACUGUUAAAAUCUGGUUUAAAAUGUUUUGAUAUGUUAUGCUAUUGACAAUAAGAACAUCUGGAAUCUGUCAAAUCUUGAUAGAUCGUAGAAAAAGACGAAAAUAGGCCCAGUAAAAAUACCACCUUCUCUUUGGGUCAUAAAGUUGUUAGAGAGCUGUGUAUGUAACCAAGAGAUAUUAUAAUUUCCCGAUAUAGUAUGUCUGCUUUGUCUAGUUUAAAAAGUUUUGUUUUUUUUUUAUUGGGUUUUUGGUUAUAUUUUAUUUUAUCUAACUUAUAUCUCAAUUACCAUUUUUCUUCAUCCUUAAAUGUGUUUGUAAUCUGUUCAAAAAAAAAAGAUUUUAUUUUUCUAAAAUUUAAGUUCCAGAUAAACUGGCAUAAUUUUCAAAGAAACUCUUUGCCUUAUUUGACCACUAGGAAUAGCCAUGAAAGGUUAUAUUGUUUUGUUUCUCUCCUUUGGAAUACUUGUUUUUAUAAUUUAUACUUGUUUGUAUUAUCAUAUCAUAGCAUAACCUUAAUAUAUUUUUGUAGUAUACAGCAUAGGUUACUGAAGGACAAAUUCUGUCUAUCUUUGGUAAAGUUUGUUGUCGUGCACUUUGCCUUAAAUUCAUGCUCUCUUUCGUGAUUGUUGUUCAUAGCUAAGAAAAUAUACAAUUAAAUUGAUUGUGUGAAAUUACUAUGGCAACAGAUGAUUAAUUAGGAUAUUUGCAUUAUUAAUUUGCUUUUGAUGUACAUGGUUGAAAGUUAAAAUCAGACCUUUCACACUUAUAUACAUAUAAAAUUAUAUAUAUAUAUAUAUGUAUAUAUAUGUAUGCAUGUAUGUAUAUAAAUAUAUAUAUAUAUAUAUAUAUAUAUAUAUAUAUAUACAUGUUAUACAUAAAAAGUGCAGUAUUAAUUAUUAUAUGUAACAUGUUGCAUUGUCACUUUCUUCAUUUUGAUAUCACUAUAUUUACUAUUCUUUUUAUGAAUAUAAAUAUAUUCCAGCAACUUGCCUGCAAUAAUCUCAGCUGUACAUUUAUAUUACAUGAUAUCACAUAAUCUCCCUGUGUUGCUUGACUCAUUAAAUUCACAUAUUUACUGUUUCAAUAUUGAAUGCAUCUCAAACCCAGCAUUAAGCUUUAAAUACCCUAUUUGUUUUUGUACCUUCCUCUUAGUUUUUUUUUUAUUUUUUUAUUUUUCUCACCUCAAUUGUUAAUUCAUGUAAAUACAUAUUCAUCACAGUAUGUACAUAUACACACAUAUAUAUAUAUACAUGUAUAUGUGUACAAAUGUAAUAUGACUAUAUUGAUAUAAAUGUAACAUAGGCCUACAUUAAGUUUGCAGAUUUUUGUGUUCGUAGUUGUGGUUGAUUGGUUGUAAGAUGUAAUGUUUUAAAGUUUUUCGGAUGAGUUUUUAAAAUUUGAAAUGUAAUUGAGGCCAGAAUUGAAUAGAGAACUGCAAGACUUGCAAAACUGAACUGUACAAACAAAUAUAGAAGUACAACACAGAUAGCAUUUUAAUGAAAAGCCGAUUUUAAAUUUCAAAUUGGAAGAACUAAGGAAAUUUAUUGAUAAAUAUUUUUAUAAUUUGAGUUAUAGAGUAUAUAAAAGUAGUGAAUAUUUAAGUUAGAUAUAUUAGAUUUUCUUUAAAUUAAGAUCAGUUGAAUAAAUGACUUCAUUAUUGGUCAAUUCAAGAAGAAACAAACUACAAAAGGAGUACCACGUAUUACUGAGUAGAUGAAUGAAACACCUUUGCAAUCGGCUAUUGUUGCAAUAGGGUACAUUUAGUGAUUGGCUAAAUAGAUUUUAUUUUUAAUAGAAGUAUUUGUUCUUGUAUUUUGUGAAAUCUCAGAUGAUGGUGAUAUUUCAUUAUGUUUAAAGGAAAACUCUUAUCAUAUAAUAGAAUAUAUGGUAAUGCUGUGUUUAAAAUAUAUCUGUUAGACUACAGCAAUUAUAUAUGUAUUUUCUUUUUUACCUUUUCAAUUUACAGACUGCCUUGUCAACUUGUAAAUGUGAUUAAUAAUAUGUGAAAUAGAUAACCUAUUUAAUUAUAAACUUUGAAAUGUAUGUGACAAAUUAAAAGAAGGUAUAUAAUUAUUAUUGAAAAAUAAUGCUUUAUCCAACUUAGAUUUUACAUAAUAAUAUUUUAGAAACAGUAAGCAAUACCUAUUUGUAUCAUUUCAAUUUGUUUUAUUCUGCAGUUUUUCCUUUCAUGUUUUAAAGCAAUAACCUAACACUAUUAAAUAGUAUUAAUUUAUUGACAAUUUUAAUAACUUUUUAAUGCACUCACAUUAAACAAUCAAAAUUGUAGGUUUAAAAUUCGGGAAUGGACAUUACUUUUAAUGAUAUACUGUUGUGGUCACAAUUGUCAAGAUUAAAACCUCUAAGUGUUGUAGAAUUCCUUCUGUAUUCUGCAAGUAUUCUCCUGUUUACACAAAGUGUUGAUUCCAAAAGAUUCACGUAUUUGAAAUUGUCAGUGUGGAAAAUGUUGCUUGUGGAUUGUCUAAUUGUUAACAUUGUUAUUAUUUAUCUAUUAUUAUAUAUGUGUUUACUUAUUUAUUGACUUAUUUAUCAAUCUCUCUGUAAUGUGUCAACUUUCAAGUUCAAGUAGCAAAUAUUGUGUUUUGAGGAUUUUUAUUUAGUUUCUUAUAUAUUUUUUUUGUGAUGGGAUGAUACAAAAUUAGUGGUUUGCUUGUUUUAUUCAAGGUUGUACAACAGUUACGCAUUAAAAAACCGUUCACCCAAA